AUGGCAGUCGACGGCCAGGCCAUCUUCGUCCUCCCGGGCGACCAGAUCAACCCGGACCUCAUCCCAUCGCAUCCCAAGAAGGCGCUCAAGCUUGGUCCUGGGCUUCGGCACGUACCACCGAGCGACCUCAUUCCCACAGUCGCAGGACAGCUUGUCAGCGAUCCUAGGAAGAACUCAAUCUGGGUCGAGUACAAUGGAGGUCGGUAUGUCCCUUCAGUUGGCGAUCUCGUGAUUGGAACAGUGCAGAAGUCGGCCGCGGACUACUUCUACGUGUCGCUAUCCGACUACACGUCCAACGCAUCCUUACCACAACUGGCAUUCGAGAUGGCCACGAAGAAGACCAGGCCCCAGCUCAACCCAGGCGCGCUCGUGUAUGCACGUGUCACUAUGGCGAAUCGGCACAUGGACCCCGAGCUCGAGUGCGUCUCUUCGUCCACCGGCAAGGCCGACGGACUCGGUCCACUGAACGGAGGCAUGCUUUACACAAUCUCACAAGGCAUGGCUCGCCGGCUGCUUAUGCGCAAGUCCGUUGAGGAAGGCCGCGUCGUUGUUCUCGAGGAACUUGGCGCUGCGGGGCUGGCUUUCGAGACGGCCGUUGGCAGAAACGGCAAGAUCUGGGUCAACAGCGAGAACAUCAAGACAAUUCUGGCGGUCGGCCGUGCUGUGCAGGAUACCGACGAGCAGCACCUCUCUGUUGAGUCUCAGAAGAAGCUUGUCCGCAAACUGGUCAAGGAGCUCAGCUAG